GUCCACCCGUCUAAUGUGGACAGUUACACUUGUAUCUGAGCUCUUCACUGCUUCACCAGCUUGAUCAAUGGAUCUGUUAACAAUCAUUGGAAUUGUAUUGGUGGCCUCUAAAGCAGCCGGUGUGUUAGCAGCUGGAUCUCAGGACGCAGCCGUGGGAGAAACAGUGACGUUCAGGGUGACACUGUCACCAACACAAACCCCAUUCACUAUUGACUGGAGAUUCACCAGAGGCACUGAUGUAGUCUCUUCUAUAAUAUCCUCCCUCCCCACCAUUAACAAGACAAACCCCGAGUAUGAAGACAGGAUCACACUUUUCAGGUCAACUGGAUCCCUGGAACUGAGAAAUGUCUCAACCAAUGACAGUGGAACCUACAGAGCUAAUAUUCUGACCACUGAAGGAGAGUCCAUCGAAGAUAGUACAGAUCUGCAAGUUCAUGUUCUCAUCACUGGUGCUAAACUGACUGUCAGCCCUGAAGACUUGGUGGAAUUCAACAGUUCUGUCACCUUCAACUGCUCAGUCGCCUCCGGGUCCUCGCUCGCCUUCCGCUGGCGGAACAUCAGCUCUGAGAUCUCUGCCAGUGAUGAAGUUCUAAUCACUGACGGAGGAGCCAAACUCACCAUCCUGAAUGUGACUCGCUAUGACCAGGGACCCUACAGGUGCGGCGUGUCCAAUGCAGUGAGCAAGGACAUCAGUGAUCCAGUGACUCUCUCCAUUAGCUAUGGACCUGACGAAGUGGAUCUCCAGGUCUCACCAUCACAGGAGCACUUUGAGGAAGGGUCCACCAUCCGACUGAGCUGCUCAUCUUCCUCCAGUCCUCCUGCACAACUCCAGUGGCUCGUGAACGACACCCUGCUGCCCAACACUGGACCAGAACUUCUCCUGACAGAUGCUACUGAGGCUCAGAGUGGAGGUUACAGCUGCCAGGCCUACAACAACAAAACUCUGAGAUACAGAACAUCUCCUUCAAAAGCUGUGACUGUGCUGGUGAAAAUAAGUGCAGCUUCUCUCACGGCAUCAACAAACCUCCUGAUCGAAGGGAUGAGUGUGAAUCUGAGCUGUGACGCUGCCGGCUCCAUCUACUCCAGGUUGUGGUGGAAGGAUGGAAUCGCUCUGAAUCCAGAUGACAACAUGAUGCUUGUUGAUGGCAACCGAACUCUUUCUUUGAAGUCAGUGAGGAGGUCAGAUGAUGGGGUGUAUUCCUGUACACAGAGUAACCCCCUCCAGAACAUCCGGAUGAACUACGCGAUGGUAGUCAACUUUGGGCCAGAGCAGGUCACCAUCACAGGACCAGAUCAGGUAGAGGUCCAAAGUCCUUUCACACUGACCUGCACUGCUGAGUCCACUCCAGCUGCCAACUUCACUUGGAAGCACAACGGGAUAAUGAAAGGAAGUUCCUCUGUCUUCACUGUUAAAAAAGCACAAUUGUCCAACAAUGGCACCUACGUCUGUGAAGCUCAGAAUAAUGUCGCUGGGAAAACACUGACCAAAACACAUGAGCUGUUUGUGAGAGAGAGUCCUUGUCCCCCUGGCUGCAUUGCUGGAAUCGUUGUCGGCUGUCUUGUCGUCAUCGUCGCUGCUGCUGUGGGAGGAUUUUUUCUCUACCGGAGGCGGACAAAACAGAAAAAAAUCACCAGCAGAAGAGGAACUGAAGGGGAGAACAAUCUUUCGUUUGCUGACAGUCAGGAUUUGAACUAUGCCGAGGUUAGUUUUUACCACAAGGCCAACGGUGACUCUGUCCAGUUAGGAUCAUCGGAUCAAUCCACUGACUACGCAGAGGUAAAAGUGAAGACCCCAUCUUCCCCGCCGAGCUACGACGCUCAUCUCAAGAGAGUGAAGAAUCGAGCACCUCGGCCUGGGUUGAACUACUCAUAAUCUGCUUUGGACCUCUCCAACAGGCCUGGUCUGAGAUAUUUGUGUUUUAGUUUUUAAACUGAGUCUCAUUUCAUGAGGUCCAGUCGACACAGCAACUGUUUGUUUUGAAUUUUUCAUGCAAGCACACGUACAAUUGAGAGGUUUAUUUCAGGGCAAAGAAACACUUCCUGAGUUGAAAGACUGAAAACUGAUUCUACCGCACUGUAACAUAGUUCUCUUUUCAGUCUGUCAGGAUUCUCCAGACCUUACAGCUCAUGUACUUGAAAUGAAAUUCAGUUUUUCAAAUUUGGAAUCCAUUGCAGCACUUUAAGCACAAGCAGAAAUUCUUUAGGGGGUGGGCACCGGGGAAAAGAUCACAGCCACACAGAAAGUACUGCCUUCACCAAAUUAAACGUUAAUUUGGCAGCGUCAUUAUUCAUAAAGUAUCAUUUGGUGAGUAAAAAAAAGUUGUAAAUCUCAGCAGUAUUUGCUGACUAUUAUUAUUAUUAUUAUUAUUAUUAUUAUUAUUAUUAAAUGAAGAAAAAAAACGUCAUACAUUUUCAGUGUCUUGUUAAAAUAUAAAAGUACUAGUUUUUUAUUUUUAUUUUUUGUGGCUCAUUCUGGUUUUUUAUAUCCAUUAGUAAGCUAAUCCAUGGCGUGUGUGCAGUUUCUCGCCGACAUUACUUUCACAGAACUCCGCUCCGACAGACACAAUGAGAACUUCAGCUCAGUGAUCCUUGAACCGAGGUUAAUGUUUAAUCUGUUGUCAUGACAUUCGGCACCACAACUCAACUUUCUCGUAUGGAAUUUUGUGUGGUGUGUUUUCCCCCAUUGUAUGUUGAGUUAUUAUUAUAUAUUAUAUUUGAAAAAGUUGCAGUGUUUUUGUCAUGUUCAUGCAUGUCAUACAACCAAAGACCUGUUCAGAGAAAAGUACAUUUUAUGAGUUAAAAAAAUCAUAAAACAGCAAUUUAAGCGCCUCGUUUGACUUCCAUUUUUGGAAGUUGAUGCAACAUGAACAUAUAAUGUCUUCCAAAGAUAUUUUGGACCUAGAAUACUUUGUCAGUCUUGCUAAGCCAAAUUUAAUUUGUUUGUAAAUAUUGUUGAUGUUGUCAAUUAAAUUAUUGCACUUGUGGGUGGUGUGACCGUCGUGUUCAGCGCGCAGUGGUCAGUGAACGCCUCACGAGCGAUUUACGUCACAAACGCUUUAUUUAUGUUUCCCUCAAAAUAUACUUUUCAAAACAUGUA